AUGGAAGAAAACUCAACCUUGAAUCAAGCCUGGGGCUCCAGCGGGUGGCUGGCUCCCGGGAGCUCAGGAGGCCCAUCGCCAACCCUCUGUGCUGAGAACGAGCUGCCCAGUGCUGCCACUCUUCGGUACCGAGGCCCUGGGGUGCUGCCUUGGGGGAAGCCGGAGGAGGAGGAGGAGGAGGCUGGAGGAAGGAGCAGAAAAGCCUUCACAGAAGUCACCCAGACGGAGCUGCAGGACCCUCACCCUUUCCUGAACUGCCCGCCCAUGCAGGCCAGACGCGCCCACCACCAGGCAAAGAAAUGCCAGGACCAGGUGAUCUAUUCUGGAACUAGGACGGACUAAUGGGCGCGACUACUCGGAGGUCCAAGGAGAAACAAGGAAGGCUUGCAAAGCCUGCAGCCCUGGUCAUGGACACUGAAGAGGAUCGGGGUGCGGGUUUGGCGCGGCACCGAGUCCUACUUCUCCUGCUGCGCUCCCUCGCUCCUCCUCAACGUGCUGGCCUCUGUGCUUAUGGCCUGCAUGACGCUGCUGCAUCUUUGGCUGGGAGGCGCUCCCCAGGCCCUCCCUGGCUCCAACACCUCCUCGCCCUGCGGCUCCUAUAACCCCCACCCUCAGGGCCUGGUCACCUUUGCCACCCAGCUCUUCAACUUGCUCUCAGGAGAACUCGUGUCCGGGCUGAAGCAGACACUGCUGGCGGAGUGGGAUCUGACCAGCCACAGCCACCGGGUGUUCUCGGCCUGGAACUCUGCCUCAUGAGGCCCACGCAGGCUGCGCCAGCGCAUUAUCUUGCACGAACUUCAGGUGGAGCUGGAGGAGACAGUGGUGCGGCGCCAGGCUGCUGUGCGGACUCUGGGCCAGGAAGCCAGGGUUUGGCUGGUGCGGGUGCUGCCUGAACCUGCUGGGUGAUCAAGCACCUUGGGGAGCCUUCAUGGCAUCUACUGGGCUACAGGAGAGCACCGCAUGCUGCAGGUUCCACCCUCCAUGAGAUUCCUGAAACAAGAAAAGUCCUACCUGUUAAACAGAAAUUACCUUCCGCCCAUCUUCAUCGCUGUGGUCAACUUUGUGCUGCCGCCCGUGUUCAAGCUCAUUGCUCCACUGGGCACUAGAAGUCGCCAGAUCGCUUUUAUCCUGAUCAGGACCGUGCUUCUUCGCCUGGCCUCCCUGGUGGUCCUGCUCUUCUCUCUCUGGAAACAGAUCACUUGUGGGGGCGACUCCGAGGCUAAGGACUGUAAAACUUGUGGCUACAAUUACAAAGAACUUCCAGAGAACGGCAUGUGCUGGGAGACUACUGUCUUGGGCCAGGAAAUGUACAAACUUCUGCUCUUUGAUCUGCUGACUGCCUUGGCAGUCGCGCUGCUCAUCCAGUUUCCUAGAGCUCCUCUGUGGCUCUGUCCUGGGGCUGGUCAGGUGGCGGGGACCCAGGAGUUCCAGGUGCCCGACGAGGUGCUGGGCUCAUCUACGCGCAGACGCGUGGUCUGGGUGAGUUUUUUCUGCUCUUUGCUGCCCCCUAAGCACACGGUCAAGUUCCUGCUGCUUUUCUACCUGAAGAAGCUUACCCUCUUCUCCACUUGCUCUCCGGCUGCCUGCACCUCUCCGGCCUCCACGGCGAAUUUCUUUUUCCCCUUGGUUCUUCUCCUGGGUCUGGCCAUCUCCAGCGCUCCCCUGCUUUACAGCAUCUUCUUGUUGACUCCUGCUCUACCCGUGGGUGGUCCAUUCCUGGGGCAGUCAAGCAUCUGGGCCCAGAUCCCCGAAGUCUAUUUCCAGCCUCUUGAGACCACCCAGAACUUCCUUCUUCCUGGGGACUCCAGGCUUUGCUGCGCCCUUCUGCUGAUCUCAAGCAUCCUGAUGGCGUACACUGUGGCCUGGGCCAACUCCUACGGACGUCUCAUCUCUGAGCUCAAACGCCAGAGAGAGACGAGAGCGCAGAAUAAAGUCUUCCUGGCACGGCGCGCUGUGGCGCUGACCUCCACCAAACCGGCUCUUUGACCCCCGCAGCUCACGUCCCACUUUCAUACCCCAGGCCCAUUGUAAGCCUAGGUCACAAUAUCUGUAAACUAGGAGAACUGGGAGA